AUGCCGUUUCCCGCGGCGGGCCCGGGAGCGCCGCUGGCGCCGCCGCAACCCUGCGGCAUCUCCACGGCGAUCAGCCUGGCCGCCCCCAGGGACACGGACCACGAGCUCACGCAGAAGCUGGUGGAGACCCUGAAGCCCUUCGGGGUGUUCGAGGAGGAAGAGGAGCUGCAGCGCAGGAUUCUAAUUUUGGAAAAACUAAACAACUUGGUGAAGGAGUGGAUACGCGAAAUCAGUGAAAGCAAGAGUCUUCCGCAAGCUGUGACUGAGAGUGUCGGGGGGAAAAUUUUCACGUUCGGCUCUUACAGACUGGGAGUGCACACGAAGGGUGCUGAUAUCGACGCGCUGUGCGUCGCGCCGAGACACGUUGACCGCAGCGACUUUUUCACCUCAUUUUACGAUAAAUUGAAACUACAGGAAGAAGUCAAAGAUUUAAGGGCCGUUGAGGAGGCAUUUGUGCCAGUGAUCAAACUGUGUUUUGAUGGGAUAGAGAUAGAUAUUUUGUUUGCAAGAUUAGCAUUGCAGACUAUUCCAGAAGAUUUGGACUUAAGAGAUGACAGUCUGCUUAAAAAUUUAGAUAUUAGAUGCAUAAGAAGCCUAAACGGCUGCCGGGUAACUGAUGAAAUUUUGCAUCUAGUACCAAACAUUGACAACUUCAGGCUAACUCUGAGAGCCAUCAAAUUGUGGGCCAAAUGCCACAAUAUCUAUUCCAAUAUAUUAGGUUUCCUUGGAGGUGUUUCCUGGGCUAUGCUAGUAGCAAGAACCUGCCAGCUUUAUCCAAAUGCAAUAGCAUCAACUCUUGUCCGUAAAUUUUUCCUGGUGUUUUCUGAAUGGGAAUGGCCAAAUCCAGUGUUAUUAAAAGAGCCUGAAGAACGAAAUCUUAAUUUACCUGUGUGGGACCCAAGAGUAAAUCCCAGUGAUAGGUACCAUCUUAUGCCUAUAAUCACACCAGCAUACCCACAGCAGAACUCCACAUACAACGUUUCAGUUUCAACCAGGAUGGUCAUGAUUGAGGAGUUUAAGCAAGGGCUUGCUAUCACACAUGAAAUUUUGCUGAACAAGGCAGAGUGGUCCAAACUUUUUGAAGCUCCAAGCUUCUUUCAAAAGUACAAACAUUAUAUUGUACUUCUGGCAAGUGCACCAACAGAAAAACAACAUCUAGAAUGGGUGGGCUUGGUGGAAUCAAAGAUCCGAAUUCUGGUUGGGAGCUUGGAGAAGAAUGAAUUUAUUACGCUGGCACACGUGAAUCCCCAGUCAUUUCCAGCACCCAAAGAAAAUCCUGAUAAGGAAGAAUUUCGUACAAUGUGGGUAAUUGGGUUAGUGUUAAAAAAGCCAGAAAAUUCUGAAACUCUCAGUAUUGAUCUCACCUAUGAUAUUCAGUCUUUCACAGAUACAGUUUAUAGGCAAGCAAUAAACAGUAAGAUGUUUGAGAUGGAUAUGAAAAUUGCUGCAAUGCAUUUAAGAAGAAAGGAGCUUCAUCAACUACUCCCUAAUCAUGUUCUUCAGAAAAAGAAAACACAUUCUGCAGAAGGUAUAAUGUUGUCAGCUGUGAAUGACAGCAGCCUCCACUUGACUGUAGAUAGUGAAAACAGCAUGUCUGUGCCUUUACCUAUGGGUGCCACAAAGACUGGCCCAUUGACUGGCAGCCCUCAGGGAAGAAGCAGUCCUGCUCUGGCUGUGAUGACAGCAUCUGUGACCAACAUACAGGCUCCUGAAGUUUCCUUGCAACAAGUGAAUCCCAGUGAAAGCUCAGGGGUUACAUUGAGUGAAAGCAUUCCUCAGACUCCCUCACAGCCUACCAUUUCUCCACCACCAAAGCCCACAAUCACCAGAGUUGUUUCUUCAACACAUUUGGUAAAUCAUCCAUCUGACCUUCAGGAAAUGCAGCAACUAAUAUACCUAAUCCUAUAGUAGGAAUGUAGAGGACAUUCUCACCUCAUAAAGACAGAAAACCAGAACAGAAGGGCAACAACCAGAUAAGUACAGCUCAAUUAGAAAGAGACAGCAACUUCUCUGUUGGCCUCUCAGGAAACAUCUGGCUCAGAUAUACUCGGUAUCCCUGUUCUCUCUCCAGAUCCUAUUCCUGUUAUCAAGAAUUCAGUAAAACAUACUGAAUGGAAAUGGAUAAAGACAACCACAAGGGCCCAUAAACAAUAUCUGCCAACUCAACCUGUUGUCUUCAAAUGCUAAAGAAGGAGAACAAGGGUACCAGACUAGAUAUGACUCAAAAGAUUAAUGUUCACUUGGUAACUUCCUUUACUGACUUAAUCUUGAUCAGAAGUCCAGAUUAGUAUGUGAAGCUAGAAGUGCCGUUAUUAAUGCCUCAGAUUAUUUGUGUUAGUCCUAGUACAUUAACUAUUUCAAAGAGACUACUACUCUUAAAAGAUGAGAAAAAUAUAGAAAAGAAAAAAACAACUAUAUUUAUACCCAUGACUGACAUUUGGACUGAAUUUAUGUUUGAUGCAUUUUUUGGGGAAAUUUGCAAUAUGAACUAGUAUCAGAAUUCCUAAUAUUAAUAAUGCACUUUAUGUACUUUUUCUUAAAGGUUAGAAACCAUAACUAAUUUUGGCUUUUUCAGCUUGGUGAAUUUUAGUUUUUUUUUUUUCCUUGAAGACGUUUCUUCAGUACUGAUCUUAAAAUUGGAUACCAUUGUACAGUGGUGUAAUAUACUUCAGAGAAAGCAUAAAAGUACAUGUAGCUCAGUCCCUGUGAGAUAACUGCAAACCCUUUAAAAUGAAAUGUCAACUCUUGGGUAUAUAUUUGACAUCAAAACAGUAAUUACUAAGUGUUUGGUUUUGAUGGGACAUGACCUAGAAAUGAUACCUGUAGGAUGGUAUUAGAGAGCACAUGAUCAGCAAUCAGACAUUUUCUUUGAGCUAGCAAAGCUCCAUAUUCUCCUGUCCUCAAUCAUUUAUCCUAAAAUAAGCUUAUGGCCUCUACCCUCUUCUCUUUGCUGUGUGCACAGGGUAUGCUUGUAUGUUGUUUCAUUAAAAAACAUGGAAAUCUAGUAUUUUCUAAACCAUGAUGUGAAACCAACAAUCUUGUGCCACAUGGCACAAAACACCAAUUUGAUUCCAUGGCUAAUAUUUCAGUAAAACUUCACUAAAUAUUUGAUCUCUGUGUCUGAGAAGUUUUACAAAUUCCAUAGAAUACUGCUUUAUAGGGAAGCUAAUUCCCAAUCUUUGUCUUUUCCAUAGACCAAAAAAAAAAAAAAGACAUUUUCUGCAAGAAUCUUUAACCAAUUGUUAGUUUUUAAAGACUUACCAAAAAUCAUCAGUGAAUUUUUCAUGUAGUCAUAUAAAAAUAAUUUCUAGAAAGCAUUUGAUAGCUAGUUAGCUUUCUACUCUUUCGUUUUUAUCCAAGAUUAGAAAUACUGUUCUUUAAAAAGAAAAAAAAUGAUCCCUCAUAAUAGAGCAUAAGCAGCAGAACAUCCAUGUACAGGAACCACGAGGGAUAAUGGAUGUAGAUGAAUGAAAGCCCAGAAGACUUAACAGAUUUUCCAAGUAGCCUGGUUCUGUCUUCCCCUCUCCCACCUGUGUUUCCCUUUUCCCAUGCGUGCAUUCUUUUUCUUGUUUCAUGUUAAACUGCAAUGUUUAGACUCUUUCCCUGUCCUUCUAGAUAAAUUUUCCAAAGUUAGUCUUUUUCCUUUUAGGCUAUGCAGUAAUUGAGACUUUCUGAUAUCUGGUAUAUAAUAUUUCUGUGUCUCACGUCUUUGCCCUGUGCAGUCACCUUACCCUUCCACGACAAUAAUAAAUCAGGUGAAACAUGCACAGUAUCUGUAUUUUGAAUAGCUACGGUGUUUGGUUGAAAUCUCCAGGCACAAGUUUAGUCUUGUCAUUUUGUUUACACAUUGGCAAAAAAAUUAGUUUAUUAAGUGUUUCGUGUAGCCAUACCUGUUUUACCAAGCUGGAAACUUGGGACUUUUUAAUUCUAGUUUUUAUUACCUGAAUAUCAGACAAUUUUUUCAUGUGAUAUAUGUAGAGUCUCAUGCCUGGGGUUUGCUUUGUUAUGUAGUAUCUGUACUCCUUGUAUUUUCAAGCACUAUUUUGAAAACAGAUAAUGUAUUUCUCCAUUACAAACACAAUAAAAAUAAGUGGCAAACAAAUAAGUGAAACUAAAAUACUGAAUAAUGUUUAAAUCUGAUAAGAAUUCAGAUGUUCUUACAUUGUUCUGAAAGAGGGUAGAGACACUGAUGAAUUUUUCAACUUUACUGAGCCUAAAAUGUAUGGUAUAAUAUUGGGGAAAUGAAAGGGUUAAAACUUCAGCUCUUUCAAUAAUAAUUUUUAAAUGGAGUUAAAACUUAAUACAAAAGAGUGCAAAAGCUGGGUGUGGUGAUGCACACCUGUAAUCCCAGUGGUUUGGGAGGCUGAGGCAGGAGGAUGACAUGUUCAAAGCCAGCUUCAGCAAUUUAGUGAGGCCCUAAGAAACUUAGCGAGACCCUGUCUCUAAAAUAAAGGACUGGGGAUGUGGUUCAGUGGUUAAGUGCCUCUGGGCUCAAUCCAUGGUACCCCUCCUCACCAAAAAGAAGAAUGCAAAACAGAAAGGAGGGAAAAGAGACAAAUAGAGAAGGAGAUAAUUAUCUAAGGUGGUGGGAAUUAAGCCAAACAUACCCAUCACUACUAAAAGUGGAUGAAACAUCUGGAGUAAAAGACAGAUUGUCAGAGUCUGUGGAAAAAUUAAGUCAGGCUGUGUGUUAUUUUAUUUUCAAGAGACAUCCAAAAUGUAAGGCAUGAAAAUGGUGUUUGGGGGUGGGGUGGGGAUAAGCUAAUGAGAAGAAGCUGGUACUGUAACAACAACAUUCAAACAGAUUUCAAAAACAGUUAACGGGACCAGAGGGCCACUGCAUUAAUGAUAGAAGAAAGCAUGCACCAGAAAAAUGGGACCAUUUGUAACUUCUUUGCACCUGAUAAAUUAGCUUGCACAAAAUAACAGCAGAGAUUAAUGGGUAUUGCCAAAUGUGUCAUCAUCAAAGAAAAUUUAAAAACAGCUCUGAUAUUGAGCAGACAAAAAGUAGAAGGGAAAUGGUUUCUGAACUCAAUCUAGUGUAGAAGUUGGUGAUCUUUUUCUAUAAAGGGCCAGCUAGUACAUCGUUUCAGUUUUGUGAGACCAUACGGUCUCUGUCACAACCACUUAACUCUGCUUUGUAGAACGAAAGCAGAUGCAGACAAUACAUUAGCAGAUGGCCAGGGCUGGAUCUGUCACCCAUCUCCUGCCCCCACCAUUGUUUGUUUGCUAUCAGUGAUUUCCAGGACAUUCAUUAUAGAACUCUCCACCUGACAACUGGAAAAUUCAUAUAAUUCUGGAGUAAGUAUUGGGCAUGUAUAAAAAUUAACCUCGUGCUAGGUUAGAAAGUAAUAUUCAACAUAUUUUGAAGUAUCUGACUCCUAAAAUAUGUUCUGUGAAUUCAGUAUUGUAAGCUAGGAAUCAGUAACAAAUGACACAGAGAAGAAUUUCCUAAGGAAGACCCAGAAAAGCUCUAACCAUAUAGGAAGAGAUUGAUAACAAAAGAUUUUCUUCAUCAAAUAAUGAAAAUGAAAAGCUGACAAAUAAGUCUUAAUUGGGGAGAAGAGUUUGUAAUACAUAAACUGACAAAUGAUUAAUGUCCAAAAUAUAUUAAAGAUGGCAAGAAAAAAUAUAUUUAAAAAGAUCAAAUAAAUCAGUUAAAAAUGGGCAAAAGAAAUGCACAGGCAUUUCACAGAAAAGGAACUAGGAAUGAUCAAUCAAUAAGAAAAGAUCCCAUUCUUGUAAGAAAUAAAAUAUGAAUUAAGACCAGGAAAAAACUAUUGUUUUAAAUUUUGAGACAGAUCUCAUUAAAUUGCAGAGGCUGGCCUUAUAUUUGGGAUCCUUUUGCCUCAGCCUCUCCAGUCUCUAGGAUUACAGGAGUGCAUCACCAUGCCCGGCUUAGGAAAAAACUUUUUCACAAAAAUGAAAAAGGCUCACAAUAUCUAGGUUGAUGAGGUUGAGGAGCAGUGGGAACCUCAGCACAGGGCCAAGGAUAGUGCACGUUGUUUUGACCCCUCUGGGAACAGUUGGCCUUAUCUAGUUAGGUUGACAUGCCUCUACCCUGGAGUCCCAGAUGUUCUACUCGAAUCUUUGCAUCAUGCUAGGGGGCACGGAUGUGCUUCAUCUCUCUGGUCCCCUUAACCCUUGGGAUGGCCAGAGUCUGUGGGCCCAUAGCUGCAUCUGAGACUUUAUAUAUCAUUUAGUUGCCUCCAAUGUGCCACGUAAAUUUUCUGUAUACACCGUGGUGUCAGAGAAGUUGGGAAGCACUUUCCAAGAGGCUGUGUCCCAUGGGUAACUAGGAAGCCUGUGGAGUGUUGAUAAUGUUUUGUGUUAGCCUAAAACUUGAAACAACCCACAUAUCCACCACACAUACCCACCAAGGGUGGAAUGGCUGAGAGUGGUGCAUUCAUGCAGUCAGUACCAUAAAGCUGUGAAAGUAAACCCUAGCUACGUAUGUCCACAUUCACAUGUGUCAGAUUGCUGAGGAAAAAACAAAUGGCUGAAAAGUACAUUAAGUGUAGUAUAAUUUAUAUAAGAUUUUAAAACAAGUAAAGUCAAGCAGUAUAAUUCAAAGUUGCAGAAAUGUGUGGAAGAACUAUAAAUUAAAAAUAAGGGACUGUUAAACAAAGAAUCCAAAACAGGGGUUCUCCUUGGUAGGGUAAGAGAUGGAAGAUCAUACAUAAUGGAAUGAUUCAUUAUUUUUAGGUUGAAUGGUGGAUACAAAGGUAUUCAUUUUAUUAUUAGUUUAAGUUAUAAAUGCUUUCAUACUUCUGAAAUAUGCCUUGUGCAGUCACCUUACCCUUCAAUACCAACAUCAAUACCAAAGUGAUAUCGUGAAGUGAUCAAUUUUAUCAAGUUAGCAAUUGCAUUUGGCCAGGAUUUAGCUUGAACACAGUGCAGUUUUAUUUCCUUCCACAUAACGGAUAAUAAGCUCAGGGCUGGCUUGCCUGGUCAUGAGGGCCCCGAGUUGUUUCCACUUUUGUCUGUCCACCUCAUUCUGUUCUCAGAGUCACUCAAGGUACAGAAUGGCUGAGGGGGCCCCUGCCACCCCACCUCAUUUAGAGCAGGAAGAAGGGAAAGGCGGAGGUGUUCCUGCAAACUCUGUCCUCCUGUGGAGCUUUCCCGACCAUCCCCCACAGGAGCGUUCCCUCAUGUUUUACCUGCUGGAGCUCAUUUCCGUGACCGUGCCUACUUGCAAGGGACCCCGGAAAAUGCAGUUCCUGUUGACUGGGCAAACUCACCAGUAGCCCAGGGAUUGUGCUAUGAGGAAGAAGAGUGUGGGUACUGGCAGUGGGUGACAGCCUUCCCAACACACACUAGCCUCCCAGACGGCCUCCAGUGUCUUCAGGUCUGCCAGGGCACACCAGGUCUCCCUUGUUUUUGACUGUUUGGCUUCCUUUCUGCUUUUAAGAGGCUCACAUUUAGGUAUGGCUCACCUGGAGAAGUUCCCUUGUGAUGAACCUGAAGUGAUCUGCUUAGUAAAAUCAUAUCUGCAAGGAUCUCUUUUGCUAUGUAACAAAACAUAAUCAGAAAAUGACAUCAUUUUCACAGGCUCCACUCCCACUUGGGACAUAUUUUAUAGGCAGGGGCCUUGGGAGUCAUCUUAGAAGUCUGGCUGCCAUACUUCACCCUCUGGCAACCAGUGAUUCAGUAUUCCCUUGGAAAAUGCACCCACCCCAUUUCAAGGUCCUCCAGUCUCAUCCUGUUAUCAAUUCAACACCAAUCUGAGCAUCUCAUUACUCUAAUCAGAUGGAAUGGGGCCUGUUUGGGCACAGGUUGUCUGUGGACCCAUAAACUCAAGGGACACGCUCUCUCCCCACACUCCUGGCCUGCAGGGGAACGGGCCUGGGAGGAUGGCGGUGGACAUCCUGGUUCAGAAGCAGGGAGUUAGAAGAACAAAGAAUCACUGCUCCAAAGCAGUUUUGAAAUCCAACCCAGUCAACUCCAGGCCGAGUUCUUCAGUUAGGUUUCCAGACCCGGGAAUAGCGUCUCUGCCUUCCCUCUGGGCUCUAGGUGCCACCUGUUGGUCCUUCGGCCCCACCCUAAGCCGUUCGCCCUUCUUCAUGGAAGGGAGCGUGUGAGUCAGCCCAGGUCCUGUCAGUGUGCUGCUGCUCCAUGUUUGAACCUCCAGUGCUGCCCUCAGCGUUCCCACCGGUAGGAUUUUCCCAAGAACUUUGUGGGUCACAUGAGGAUUUCAUGGGAGUUCACGCCAUUAGACCAAAGUCACAUGCGCAAGCCAUGUGCACAGAUGUGAGCUAAUCCCAUCUCUAUUUUUAGCUUCUGUGGUGAAAGGACAGUGCUCUUGAACUCCCUCAAGGUCCUCUGUUGAGAAAAUCUGCAAAGCACGCUCACCCUGCAGGCAUCGCCUGCGUGGCCGAGCGCUGACCUUCCCACCUUGGGCAGGCACACACCCACUCUCCUCCGUGCCAUUCUUGGCAGCCAUUUCUACCUUGGGCGUCUUGUCCUCUGGGGAGACCGACCGUUCCAGAGUCAUCUGAUCAUGGCUCUCGUUCGCUUGACAGCUCUCUGCAGUUGGUCUCUGUCCCCUUGCUUCUCCCUGUAAGCCACAGAAGACACGAGGCUGCACCUCCACCGUCCGCUCAGAAACCUCAGCUGAUCAUUUGCGAACCUCACUUCCCACGCCACUGCAGGAAGGUUCUUUUUCCUCCUCCCUCCUCGCCCUCCCUCUCAAGCUCUAUCUUUCUUUCACUACUGGGGAUGGAACUCGGGCCUCUUGCACACUAAGCUUGUGCUCUCCCAGUGAGCUGCACCCCAGUCCCCCAGGACACAUUGCUGUGAGCACUCCGCCCGGAUGUGACAAGGACCCUCCUUCCUCCAGUUUCCAGAAACCUGCCCCUUGUUUCCUCGGAGCCUCCAGCCUCUGCUGGCAGCACCGUUCCUCUGGGUUUCUGCGGCUCUGCUCCCUGUGCGGCCCUCUCACCUGCUCCGGCCCUGCCAGCAACAGGCCCGCUGUCGCAGCAUCUCCCACCGGUGGCCUCUCCCAGGCACCCGGGGCUUUUCUCUCCUGCUCCUCAGGCCUCUAGCCUCUGCCUGCUGCCUGGCUCCCAGUUUCAGGCGCGUUGCUGCAGCCCCCCAUUUCCCUGGACUGGAAUCAGCACUUGUUUUCUGCUGCUGAAGCUGGAAACGUAGAACAACAGGUCUUUAUUUCUCACUGAAAGUUUCCAUGGCCAGGAGUCUGGGCACAGGAUCGUGGGGUCCUCUGCUCAGGCUAACAUGGCUCCUUUCUGGGGCUUGGAGGCCUCUUGCCAGCUCACAGGUUGUUGGCAGAACUCACUUCCUCAGGGACAUAGGAGUAGAGUCCCUGUCGCUCUUCUUUCUGUCUCACUGGCUGCUGGCCAGCAACCGCCCUCGGCUCCCAGUGGUUGCUGGAGAACUUCUGGCAUCAUACUCUUCUCACCCUUGAGAUCUCUGCGCCUUCUCCUCUGUGACCAGCUGGAGAGCUCCUUCAGCACAGAAGGAGCAAAUAUGGUCAGGUUCAGCCCUUGGGGUGAUCUCCAUGACUUAAAGUCAGCUGAUUGGUAACUUGAUUUGUCUGUCAGAUCUCUUCUGCCACGAGACACAAUCCCUGAGUGACCCCAGGAGACAGAGACCAUCUUAGAAUUUCACUCAGAACAGCGGCCUUCCAUAUCUCUCCUAGGCAAUGCUGUCCUGCACAGGAUCAUGUCUCUCUCUCUCUCACACAUAUACACACACACACACACACACAGUUCUUUUUGCCCUCAUAACCCUAGUUUCUAUGUCUUUCUUAGUCUCCUUGGAAUUGUCUGCACAUCACCUCUUGUAGCUCCAACUCAUUAUUUAAAAAAAUUUUUUUUGAGGUUAUUGAUGGACAGAUGCCUUUAUUUUAUUUGUUUAUUUUUAUGUGGUGCUGAGGAUUGAACCCAGUGCCUCACAUGUGCUAGGCAAGCGCUCUACCGCUGAGCUACAACCCCAGCCCUCCAAUCCAUUCUUAAUGGUUGUGGGAUAGUUCACGAUGUGGAUGGAGUUCUAUAUAUUUUUGGGGUCAUCUGAAUAAUUUUAUAAUACAUAUUCCUAUGUAUUCUGUAUUUUACCAAAUAAAAUGGUUAUCAGUUGUAAGAUCACACCUCCAUGAUCAACAGUAACAUGGAAAAUACUGUAAUUUCUCAAGACUUUUAUUUUUGUACUUACAGAAAGAACUCUAGUAAAUCUAAAGAUCCAUUAGCACGUGGCUUUUCACCUUGCGUUUGUGCUGUGCUUAUACAAAAAGGUGUGUGUGAAUGACACAGACGCGGAGCCCAUCUUCUCAGCACAGGGCUGUCAGUGCCCCACACUGUACACAGUGCAGCCUCUGUGUCCUUGAGCCUGUUGGUGAUAGCAUUUCUUACGAGGGUGCUUUCCUGGCUUGUGCUCUGCAAGCUUGCGGACGACAUCUGGAGCUUCGGUGCCUUCCUCAGUGGUCCUCACCUGGGUUACAUGUGGCAUCCGGACCCCAGGAGUGGUAGCCAAACUCCCACAUGACGGCUCUCGUGUGAAGAUAGGCUGCUUCCCAGCGUGAGAGGGGAAAAGGCGGACCCCCGGGGUGAUGAGACGGAGUCCACGAGUGUGAGUGUGCAUGUCCGCCUGCGCUCUUGCUGGGCUGGGAAGCAAGUGCUUUUAAAGAGCUUUCUUUUCACCAGAGACGUGUAUGUGCACAGGGAAAGCAACGCUUGCUAAUCAAAGCAAAAGCACAGCAGCGGUUUCUGCCAGCCCUUCCUCUCGCUUCCCAGUUCUGCUGUCCCUAGAGGCUACUGCAUUCAGCUUUGAAUUGCUCUUUUUGGCAUUUAGUUCUAUAUUUUUAAAUGACAGUUUUAUCCCACUAGUUCUUGAGUUUUGAACUUCAGACGGUACCUAGUGAGUUCCUACCAUGGGAAAUGAGGAUUUGGUCCUCCCCCCGCCCACUUCCUCCAAACACCCCAUUCCUGUGACCUCUCCUCUCUGUGCAGUCAGUCUGAUUGGGUUAAAAGCCGUGGUUUCUUUUCUGUGGCCGUGUACAGCUUCACACAGCCGAGGAGCCGUGCGUGCAGAGACUACUCUUCCUUCCUGCCUUGUCAACCUUGUUGGUUGUCAUCCUUUUCUCCUGUCCUUGCCACUCUUCCUGCUCUGGAAGAUGCUCGGCAACUCUGGGUGUCCUGUCAGUCUCUGCUCUGUAGAGCCUUCUUCCUCGUUGGUGUCAGUCGGGACUUUAUGACUGAAGAAGAUGGUAUCCACUAUAUUUUUUAAAUUUCUAUUUUAAGAGAGAUAAUUUAGGGGGCUGGAAAUGCAGCUCAGGGUAGAGCACUGGCCCAGCACGUGCAAGGCCCUGGGUUUAGUUCCAGCAUUGCAAAUAUACAUGUGUACACCCAUACAUACAUGUGUGCUCCUGUAUAUGAUUUAUAUGCCAUAAACUCAAUGAACUGAAUAGUGUACAAUUCAAUGAAUUUUUAGGAAAUUUACAGAGUUAUGCAGUGACCACCAUAAUACAGUCUUAGAACAUUUUCAUUACCAAAACAAAACAAAACCUCCUGUGAGCUGGGCCGGGUGGUGAGAGCUUGCCUAAUGCGUGCUGGCCCCACCUCCCUCCCAGCACCGUGAGGAAAGGACCCCUGAGCCCACUGCAGUCGGUUGGCCCCCAGCCCUGGUCCCAGGCAGCCACCAGCCAGCUCUGGCAUUGUAGUGUAUUCUUACUGGGCAUUUCAAAUAAAUAGAAUCGUACUCUGUGUGUGUGUGUGUGUGUGUGUGUGAGAGAGAGAGAGAGACAGACAGAGACAUCUGACUUUUUUAUUCAGUGUAAUUUUUUUGAGUUUCAUCCGUGUGUAAAGGUGUCAGCAUUUGAUUUCUGUUUAUUGCUGAAUAGUUCCCUCUUAUGACCCUAAUGUUUUGUUCAUCCAUCUGCCGGUUGAUGGACAUUUGGGUGAGUUCCACUUUUUGACCGUCAUGGAUAAUGCUGCUUGAACAUCUGUGGACGAGUGUUUGUGUGGACAUGUAUUAUUUUUAUUUCUCCUGGCGCACAGUGAGGAGUGGAAUUACUGGAGCCUAAGGUAAAUUUAGGUUUAAUAUGUUAAUAAAUCAACAAAUUGUCCCCAAAUGCCCCCCCCCCUUCACAUUUCUACCAGUGGUAUGGGAGGAUCCCAGCUUCUCUGCACCCUUGUUAUUGUUUACCUUUGGGGAGUUUUGCUUGUUUUAUUCAGUGCUGGGCUCUGACCCAGGGCCUGGGCAUGGCAGGCAGCACUCCAGCUCUGUGCCACCCCAGCCCCCGUUGGGUACUUUUUUUAUUAUAACCAUGGCUGUGAGUGUGACGUGCUCUCUUGUUGGGGUUGAAUUUGCAGAUGACUAAAGGUGUUGAGCAUUCGUUCAUGUUCUUGUCAACCAUUUUGUACAUCUUCUUUGGAGAAAUGUUUAUUCAGAUUCUUCCCCAUCUUUAAAUGUGGUAGUUUGAAUUCUUAUUGCAUUACUGAAUUAUAAAAGUGUGUGUGUGUGUGUGUGUAUGUGUGUAUAUAAAUUUCAGAUACCAGUCUCUUACCAGAUAUGUUACUUUAAAGUAUUCUUUCUCCCAGUCUUUGGCUUGUCGUUUGGUUUCUGAGUUCUGGGGAUGGAGCCCCAGACGCUCUACCACUGAGCGACAUCCUCAGCCCUUUUUCAUUUUGAAACACUUGAGUUGGGUUGGGAUUGUGGCUCAGAGGGAGACCACUCGACUUGCAUGCUUAAGGCACUGGGUUCAAUCCUCAGCACCACAUAAAGAUAAAAUAAAGAUAUUGUGUCCACCUGUAACUAAAAAAAUAAAUUAAAAAAAAAAAAGAAACACUUGAGUUGCCCAAGCUGGCCUUGAACUUACAAUCCUUCCUUUUCAGCUUCCAGGUCACUGGGAUGACAGAAUACUGUCUGGGUUCCUCAGCACAGUGUUGAAUAGAAAUGGUCCCAGGAGGCCACCUCGUCCUGUUCCUAGUUAGGGUGGGUCUCUGUGUAAAUUUUCUUCAGAGAUCUUCCCCUCCUGGUAGACUUGGUCCUAAAAGCCUAGGCUGCUGUGUUCCCACCAGGCCGCAGUCCUUUGUAGGGCUACAGAGAGGGUGAGACACAGCGCCCGAGUAAGGCUGUCUGUGGAGGGGGAGAUGCUGGCCCCUACCUGUGCGGGGAGUCUCCUGUGGGCGCUGGGUGAUUCUCUUCCCGGAUGCCUGGCUGGCGGAGCCCAUGCCUUUGCUGACUUAGGAAAGGAUAUUUCCAGCAAAGGGAGAUGUUCAGGCCAGUGACUUGUGGGUUUGCAGCAGCUCCUGAGGGUUUACUUUGGCAGCAAAUCCCCAGCUGUUACUGGGGUCACUUAUAGAAAGGCUUGUUGCCCCCAGUUCUGAUGAAACUCCUGAGCACAGGGGACAUUGCACUGCCUGUGCCUCCAGCCCACCUGUCCCAGGUCCCGCUGGCAGGAGCAGAGGCCCACGUGUUUCCUUGCUCUGCCUGAGGUCAGGGAGGGAAGGGAAAGCAGGAGCAGGACGGGAGAACUGCAGGGAGAGUGUUUGGAGGAACUCGGUGACGUUCAGGAAGGAGCUGUGUUUUUCUUUCCAGGGCUGUCUGAAGCCACAGCCGGGCCAACAUGGCAGCUCUGAUGACCAUCUCCAGCUGUGGUCAAAACUAAUUUUGCUACCCUUAAUCCACACAGAGUCUCUGCUGGAAGAGGGCACAUUGGCUACCACCUCCUUGUGGAGGUGACAGGAGGGUGACACAGGAAAGAACCACAUGGCCCGCAGGUCAUCCCGCUCCUUCAUCCAGCGCAUCUGUCUGGGAGCCUGAGAGCCUGGGAGCCCGGGAGCCCAGGAGCCAGGGUUCCUGCCCCGAGAGCUGCACCCUGGGCACUAAGGCAGCGGGAGGGGUGUGAGGGGGCAAGCACAGGCUCCUCCCAGAGCGCUCGGCAUGAGCUCCUGGUGCUGGCGUUGCCUCUGGCACAGUCACAUUCCCCUCUGUCCUUCCCAGCCCAGUGUCAGAGUGCUCCCUCCCAGGUGGCCUGUUUGCUCAGCUGUUUCCUCUGGACGCCUGCAGAGUUGUCCCAGAGCUGCUCUGGGUGCAUUGUGUCCUCAAAAUUUUAGAAAGUGUUCAUUUUGCUUUUGGGUCUGGGUGCCAUGUGUUGGGGGCAGGCAGGGUCCCCAAGUGUAUCCUCAGGUGCAACAGGCAAGGUCCCCAAGAUGGGGCACAGCAGCCCCCUAGGUCCUGAUACCCAAGUCCUUCAUGCUGUGCCUGGUGGUUUUCUGGUUCUCUGUCGCAGAGCAGAUACUAACAGGCAAAUCCAGGAAGCCCACAUCUGCCUAUUUUCUCUCUAGGAACUAAAGGGUGUUUAUCUGGAGAAGAACUAGAUGUCCAAACAAAUAAAAGAAUGUAGGUUUUUGAUGAAGCUUUCAGAAUGCCCUGGGGGUUUUCUUCCUGAGAGGAAGUGCUGUAGACAGAGCUUUGGGGCAGGGAAGGGUCCUGAACCUGUCAGGGAGCUUUUACAAAAUACGGGUUCCUGGGUAGACCCCAGACCCCAGACCUGCGGAAUCAGAGCCUCUGACCUACUGAACCUGCCACAGAAACCCCUGAAGUAUUUGAGAACAUUAGGACCAGAGCUGACUGUGGCUGGACCAGCCGGCAGUUGUCACCUGUGUCGUGGUCGGGGAGUGAGAGAGCCUUGGGGUCUGCCUCCCUCUUCCAGUGGCAAGGACCGGCUUCUAUUCAUGAUGAGUAACUGCCUCUCAAAUUACUGUGUUGCCAAAGGCCUGGCGCUCUUGUCACCUGACUGCCCAGAAUUAGGCUGUGGCACCCAGUGGUUCUCUAUGAUGGAAAUGUCAUCGCAUUUCCCUUGGAUGUGAAGUCCCUAUUGGCUUUGUAGGGGCCCCAGAGUGACCUUGUUCUUGGCAAAGACCCCACAUGUGUAAGACCCCAAAAGAAGUCAGUCGCUUAAAUUGUAAUCUCCUUCCUCAGAUUCAUGGCUGGGGCCCGAGAAACUUGCAGCCCCUUACCAUGGCCAUCCAGCAAUGGCUCUGACUUGUAAGUGUAGACCUGUGAGGGAUUCCAUCCCCUGCCCCUCUGUCACUCUCAGCCCAGGAGCCUUGUGGGAAGGUCUGUAGUCAUGGCUUAGAUGGCACUGUGCAGGGCUGAGGCUCACCGGACGUGACACUGUGACCACAGCUCUUCCCAAGACCUCCUGGACCCCAAGGCCUGGACCCACCUCCUGGGAGUAGGAACACAUCACAGAGUCACAUGCAAGUGAGGGGCCCGUGGGACUUCUGUGACUGUUCCCCUAAGAAAAGCUUUUUAAAAUAAAAGCUUAAAGAAUCGGUUACAUUGAAUGGACACCUGGUACCUGCCUCUCAGAGCUGCAGACGAUAACUGUUUAUCAGAUUUAUUUAAAGUUUAAAAAAAUAAAAUAAGCACCAUAUACACAAAGUCACUGGCACCUUCCUGACAUUGCACCUCACAUUUCUGGGACGCAGCGCUAUCCCCGGCACAGGAGCCCCACCCGUGGGCCCAGCCCUGUUGUGAACGCACCGUGGCCUUUUCUGUUGUGAAAGAUGGUGUCGUGUUUACUUCUGUAUGAGCCACAGCCAUGCUCAGCGGUGUCCAGGUGCCUUUAGGUCUGUCACGCAGGUGUUGGACCUCGUGCUCUUGGUGGCAUCUCAACUGGCAGUCUGCACCCACCACUGGGUGCGCAGGGAAGGGCCCUUCAGGUGGCCUGUGCGUGAGGCAGUCCUGAUGCAGGGUUCAGCCUGUGUGUAUACAUGUGCACAUGCGUGUGCCCAAGCGUCCUCCUGGCUGCACUGUGGCAGGGAAAGGA